CGCCUUUCCCCUUACAUCUUUGGAAGCCACAAUUAAGCAGCACCGCUGGGAUAAAACGCUCGGGCUGCCAGCGGACUAGGGCAUUGCAUCGAGAGAUGGCCAGGCUGCGGACUUCGUUCCUCCUCCCUGGAGUCCUCGUUCUCCUGCUUUCCAGCCUCCCGGCUUCGUGGCAAGGAGGGGUUCCAGGUGCUGGAGCAGGAGUUCCAGGAGCAGGGUACUACCCAGGAACAGCUGGCAUUGGAGGCCUAGGGGGCCACGGCGGCACAGGAGCUGGCAUUGGAGGUGGACUUGGAGGAACAGGUGGCCUAUAUCCAGCAGGUGCCUAUCCUGCUGGAUCUGCCGCUGCAGCCUAUAAAGCCGCCGCUAAAGCUGGACUUGGUGUACCUGGUGGUGGCUUAGGCGGACAACCUGGAGGUGGCACAGGUGGACUACCUGGAGGUGGCAUAGGCGGACUACCUGGAGGUGGAGGUGGAGGUCUACCUGGAGGUGGCUUUGGUGGACUACCUGGAGGUGGAGGUGGAGGUCUACCUGGAGGUGGUGUGAGCGGAUUACCUGGUGCUGGUGGUGGAGUCAAGCCUGGGAAAAUCCCUGGUGUUGGAAUUCCAGGAGUCUUCCCUGGAGGCGUACUUCCUGGCACAGGAUACCGCUAUCCAGGUCUAGGAGUCUUGCCAGGAGUGGCAUCUGGAACAGGUGUCAAACAGAAAGUCCCAGGAGCUGGAGGUGGAGCCUUUGCUGGAAUCCCUGGACUUGGAGGAAUUGGAGGUGGACAGCAACCAGGCCUACCUCUGGGUUAUCCCAUCAAGGCACCGAAACUCCCAGGUAGUUAUUAUGGAAAUCCUUAUGGUGCUGGCAAGCUGACUUUUGGCGGGGCAGGUGGUGCCUAUGCUGGAGGACUUGGAGGAAAACCUGGCUAUCCAACGGGUACAGGUGUAGGAGCUCAGGCCGCUGCUGCUAAGGCAGCCGCAAAAUAUGCUGCUGGACUUUUGCCUGGAGCGGGCGCUGGACUUUUGCCUGGAGCCGGGGGCGCCCUUGGCGGAGGAGGGUUGUUCCCUGGUGUUGCUGGAGGAGGACUAGGUGCCGGCGGAGCAGGAGUAGCGGCAGCAGUAGCUGCCAAAGUAGCAGCCAAAGCAGCAGCUUACGGUGGCAGAGGUGUCCCUGGAACUGGAGUGGGUGGUGGCGGCUAUGGUCUUCCUGGAACUGGAGUUGGUGGUGUUGGUCUUCCUGGUGUUGGUGGACUUCCGGGAGUUGGAGUAGGCGGACUAGGAGGAGUUGGUGUGGGAGGAGUGAGCCCAGCAGUAGCAGCAGCAGCUGCCGCUAAAGCAGCAAAAUACGGGCGGGUUCCAGGUGGCAUUGGCCCUGGUGGCGUCGGUCCUGGUGGCGUUGGCCCUGGUGGCGUCAUCCCUGGUGGCGUCGGCCCUGGUGGCGUCAUCCCUGGUGGCGUCGGCCCUGGUGGCGUCGGCCCUGGUGGUGUCAUCCCUGGUGGCGUUGGCCCGGGUGGCGUCAUCCCUGGUGGCGUCGGCCCUGGUGGUGUCAUCCCUGGUGGUGUUGGCCCUGGUGGCGUUUUCCCAGGAGCCGGGACAGGAGGCAAGUCAGCAGCAGCUCUGGCAGCUAAGGCAGCAGCGAAAGCAGCAGCAUAUGGAACUGGAGUAGUACCUGGCAGAGUUGGGCCUGGUGGAGUUGUGCCUGGUGGAGUUGUGCCUGGCGGAGUUGUGCCUGGCGGAGUUGUGCCUGGCGGAUUGGGACCUGGUGGAGUUGUGCCUGGCGGAUUGGGACCUGGUGGAGUUGUGCCUGGCGGAUUGGGACCUGGCGGAGUUGUGCCUGGCGGAUUGGGACCUGGUGGAGGGGGACUAGUUCCAGGAGGUUCUGCGGCCGCUCUAAAAGCAGCUGCCAAGGCAGCAAAAUAUGCAGCUGCUGGAGGAAGAGUGCCUGGAGGAGGGGCUGGCGGCCUAGUUCCUGGAGCUGGUGGUUUUGGAGGCCUUGUUCCUGGUGCCAAUGGUAUUGGUGGCUUAGUUCCUGGCGCUGGUGGUGGACUUGUGCCUGGCUUUGGAGGAAUCCCAGGAGGUGGAGUUCCUGGGGCAGCUGCAGCAGCUGCAGCAGCUGCUAAAGCAGCCAAAUAUGGUCUCCGUCCCGGAGGUGGCGUCCUUCCUGGAGGUGGUGUCCUUCCUGGAGGUAGUGUCGUGCCUGGAGGUGGCGUCGUGCCUGGAGGUGGUGUCGUACCUGGAGGUGGCGUCAUACCUGGAGGUGGCGUCGUACCUGGAGGUGGCGUCGUACCUGGAGGUGGCGUCGUGCCUGGAGGUGGCGUCGUACCUGGGGGCAUUCCCAUAAUUGGAGGACAAGGAGGAGUCAAGCCAGCUAAAUACGGUGUCCCAGGUACUGGAUUGGGUGGAACUGGCGUGGCAGGUGUUGGAGGAGGAUACGGAGUCCCUGGACUUGGUGGAGGCGGUUACGGAACUGGUGCCGGAGCUGGAGGUCUGAUCCCCGCAACUGGCACUGGCUAUGGAUUAUCUCCUAUUUACCCAGGUGGAGGUGUACCCGGCUAUGGAGGUAAACCUCCCAAGCCCUAUGGAGUCCUGGGGGCACUUGGCUACAAAAGAGGAGUCGGCCGGAAGAGGAAGUAGCCCAGACCGAUAGCCUACCAUUCACCUCAUGAACUUUGGUGCUACUGCCUGGUCUCGAAUGUACCCCCACCCCACCCCUGAGAAAAGCAGAGAUUCCACCACCGCCGCUGCCAACACAGCCCCAUGCCUUGCCACCCCCGGCUGGCCCCCCUCCCUCUCACUGGUGCUACAACCAUCCCACAGGGGGCGUCCCUGCCUUCAGCUCCCUGGGGCCCUUUGGUGCUGCAGCCUAGGAGGGCUGCUUUCAGAGGGGGCGGCCUGAGCACUUUAACCCACUCCUGAGCCCCGUGCCCACAAGUGGGGGGACGGGAGCCGUCGGCCAGGUGGCCCUGCUUCUUCCCUGGUCUCUCUCUGCUGGCUCCUCUUUGGAUCUAAGUGUGUGUGGGGGGACACCCCUCGUUUUGCCGUGAGCCCCAUGCCAGGCCAUUCUUCCCUUCCCCCUGAACACACUGCCUCCGUUUGGAGGGGAGCAGCUCAGGCCAAGCUGUCAGUGCCAAUGGGAUUAGCCUUAAUCCUGGAGCUUCUGCUGGCUGCCAGGCUCGGGUGGAUUAGCACGGCCAGGCCACAGCAUCCGUACCAUAGCUAACGUGGACGUCGUCAUGACAUCGUCCAGCUCCCAAUGAACGGGCUGGCCAGGGACCUCUGUACAUGACCAGCCAACCUGCUCCACAUCUUCAUGUUUAAUCACUUCGAUGUAACUGGGAUGGGACACUUUUUAUAAAGAAGAAACAGUAACUGCUUUCCCCAAAAAAUAAAAUAAAUAAAACCUGACUAAUAAAUAAUGUUUUAA